AAGUAUAUAUACUAAGCCAUGGAAAAAAGCAUUAACGAUGUUGCAGCGCCGUCAUGGGCGGAGCUCCUCGGCAGCAACAACUGGGAAGGGCUACUUGACCCCUUAGACCUCUCCCUCCGCCGCUUCCUCCUCCACUGCGGCGACCUCGUCCAGUGCGUCGGCGACGCCUACAUCAGGGAUAACUCCCCCUACGUCGGCAACAGCCGCUACGGCGAGAAAACCUUCUUCCGCAAGGUCAAGUUCCCCUCCGCCUCCGCUUACCAGAUCUCCUCCUUCCUCUACGCCACCUCCACCCUCGACAUCUUCCCCGACAGCGAGACCAACUUCAUCGGCUACGUCGCCACCUCCACCUCCACCAUCCCCGGCCGCGGCCGCGUGAUCUACGUCGCCUGGCGCGGCACCGAGUCCACCCUCGAGUGGCUCAACAACGCGCACAUCGUGCCCGUCCCCGCGUCCGCCAUCACCCCCGACGCCCCCGGCAAUGUCAUGGACGGCUGGAUCAGAAUCUACACCUCCUCAAACCCUAAUUCCCAAUUCGGAAAGCUCAGCGCCCGCGAGCAGCUCCGCGCCCAGAUUCUCCAACUUCGGGAUCAAUACAAAGAUGAAAACCUCAGCAUAGUGGUGGCGGGGCACAGCCUGGGCGCGGCGCUGGCCGUGCUCUCGGCGUUCGACCUCGUCGAGAACGUCGUCCCCGACAUCCCCGUGACGGCCAUCGUCUUCGCCUGCCCGCGGGUCGGGGACGGCGCGUUCGUGGAGAGGCUCGGGACGCACCCGAGCCUGAAGAUCCUGCACACGAAGAACUUGCUCGACCCGGUUCCGAACCUCCCGCCGGUCGAAUUCGGGUACACGGAUGCCGGCGUGGAGCUGGUGGUCGACGGCAGCAAGUCGCCGUCGCUGAAGCCGACGGAUAAUAAUGGGGACUUUCAUAAUUUGCAGGGGAUACUGCACGCGGUGGCGGGGUGGCACGGGGCGGAGGGGGAGUUCGAGGUGGUGGUGAAGAGGAGCUUGGCGUUGGUGAAUAAGGCGAGUAACUUACUGACUAAAGAGUGUCAGAUCCCGGAGUCGUGGUGGGUGGCGGAGAAUAAAGGGAUGAUGCUUGAUCAGGACGGGGAGUGGGUGUUGAAGCCGCCGCUCGACGACAACGACGACGAUUGCCCCGCCGUGCCGGAGUGAUCAUAUCCUCUACUAUUGCCAAUUUGUGUUUCUAUUGCAUAAUCGUACGUGUCGUAAUAAUUUGUAUGUUUCGUUCAUGCUUUGUAUUACUAAUAAAUAAACGUGCUAAUGCGCGCGCGUGUUGCCCUAACGUACGGCAGGAGGUUAAUGUCCAAGACUUGAAGUCUUAUGGGUUUGAGUCCUUCGUCGUACGGUCUUUAAAUUUCUGGGGUUGGUCUUGCAUGU